AUGAAGAAGACGAAUCGCCGAUCGAAGCAAUCGAGCCCCAUCGAUGCCUCAGCUUCCGACCCAAACGAAAAGCAAGUUUACGAGGAGAGAAUUCGCGAGCUCGAGCGAGAAAAUAAAGCUUAUCAGAUAGAGAUUGCUGAAUUAAGGCAAAAACAUGGGAAUCAUUCUUCGGCUUCCAACAAUGGAGUUGAAAAGCUCAAAGAGGAGUAUCUCCAGAAACUCAACUUACUUGAAGAACAGGUUACUGAAUUGAAGAAAAAAUUGGGUACUCAAUCCCAAUUUUCAACCCAAAGGAAAAGAGUCGAUGAAUCAACUAGGCAGUUGCAAUUUGAGAUUCAGAGUUUGAAGGCUCAGAAGGUUCAACUGCAAUGUAAGAUCAAGUUAGAGUCUGUGCAAUUCAGAUUAUGCAAGGCCUUACUUGAAAAAGAAGUUCUUCAGCUUAAGAAAGAGGGAAGGAGGAAUGAAAUCAAGACCCAAAGUUUGCUGGCUUCGAAUGAGAGGCUUAAAAUGGUAUUACAGCGGAAAACAGAGGAAGCUUCUGCUGCUACUAAACGUCUAGGAGACAUGAUAGCAGCUCGAAAAGCUAUAUCACAUAGAUCAGCAGGUGCUAGAAAUAGAAACGGUCAACUAAUUCAGGAUGCUGAGCAUGAACUUGAAGUCACAAGUCAGUUACACAAGUUAUGUUCCCAAUAUGAAUCCAAAAUGGAAAAGAUGGCUGAAGAAAUUGUGCAGCUGAAGGAAGAAAUUGAGAUGCAUAGGCAGGGAAAUUCAAGGUCUCAGGUACAGGAGGAAGACUGUGACGGCCUGAAGAAGGAUUUUGAUAUCCAAGAUUUAAAGGAACAAAUAAACAGCCUUGGUUGUCUAUUCGGAGAAUUACAAUCGCGGAAGGAGAAGGUUGAUUUCAAGGAUAAGAAACAGGUUUGGGCCGUUGACAUCGAAUUAGAGGACCUGGGUCACUCUCCUCUUCUCUCCGAAGAGAGUGACGACAAGAUAAAGAUGGUUACACCCGAAGUGAGCAGUGUUAGUGAAAAUAAUACUAAGAAGGUGAGAACAGCUGAAGGGCUUUGCUGCUCGUGUAGUAAGAAGUCCCUGUGCAAGACUACCAAAUGCAUAUGCCGAUCCUCUGGUGGGAGCUGCGGAGCAUCGUGCGGCUGCACACGUUUUAAGUGCACAAAUAGGGAACCAAACCAAUUGGCAGAAAAUGAAUCACUAAAAUCAGAUAAUACAGAAUGCUCUACGGACGCUUCAGCUGCAGACAAAGAUGGAAAUACAAUCGCAUCUGAAUGUGCUAAACUACUCCAGAGUGCGCUUGUUCAGAAACCUGCUAGUUGCAGAGACAACCCGGGGCCCAUAAAGAAGCCGUUAUGUGACAUUCAGAACUCACUGGGUAAUUUGGAUGAUCAAAGGCUAGGCAAGAAGAAGAAAGUGCAGAAACCAGUAAUUCGGCUUGUUACCACGGAUCCGAUGUCUUCGUCGCCAGAACAUAGCAGCAGUACCGAGACAUAUAAAAUUGAAACUCAGGGAAAUAAUCCGAUGAGGUUGGACAGGGUGACAAAACCAGCUAUAGAGAGCCAUUCUAGCCAGCCAAAUGAAUUGGCGACAUCCAUUAGUGACGCAGCUGGUUUUCGUCUCUUAAGAAACUCAACACGACUGGCCAAAUCUUUUGUCGGGAAGGAGGACCGUUUCAUUUAA